AUGGCUAUGAGAAGUGAUGUUCUUUUAGCCGCGUGUGCGGUUUUUUUCCUAGUAUUUGCCGUACCGAGGGGUUCGAGAGGAAGGCGAGCGGGCGAUGGAUUGUUCUUUGGAUCCGAGGAUACGAUGAUAACGGAUUUGUCAGAAAUGCAGAUGGAACAUGUAUGGUCAAAUUGCAUGCUUGAUUUGUUUGGAACAAAAUCAGUCAUGAUUGCUUCAGAUUUGUCUGAUCAAGCAAAAUAUCCUUCCUGUUUUCCCAGAUAUCAGCCUAAUGCACAGGCCUGCUACUCAUUUUUCAAGAAUGCUCGAGCAAGAUUCUCUUUCAAAAGGCCCUCUGACCCAUCUCCAGCUCCAACUCUAAGUCCAAGUCAUCGAAUCCAAACUCGAAGCUCAGCUCUGGCUCCAGUCGUAGCUCUACCUCCAGCCCCAACCCCCGCUAUCGGAUUUAAACGGCUUGCUCCUGUUCUGUCAUUACCUCCCAAUGAACCCCCCUUGCCUAAAGAUGAUCAUGGGGAUUUUUCUCAAACUCCAUCAUCAGAUCACUUCCUUGAGCCCCAAGUUUAUCCAAUACCUCAUCUUUCUGCUGCAAGCAACAGUUUUCAAACAAUUAUUAUUGCAGUGGUAGUAACAGCAGCAGAUACUUUUACACUUGUUGCAUUGUUCUUUUGUUGCUGUAAUAGAUAUGCUGGAAGCAAGUAUCAGACUGUCAAUGGGAAAAAUGAUGAGAGACCAAUUUUUUCCUUAAGCCUUAGUGACUUCUCUGGUUCAUCGCAGAAUUCUUUUGGUUUGUACAAAGAUAAGUUUGGUUCAUAUUUUAAAGCUGACCCGAACCAAAAUGCUACCUUAUCUGAUGGGCAUUCUGUAGCUUCAAGUUCAAGUGAGCUUACAAAUGCACCUCUCAAUCCUUCUCCGGCAGGAGUGCCACCUCCACCACCUCUCAAGCCACCUCCUGAAAGAACUUCUGCGCCUCCUCCGGCCCCACCUCCUCCGCGUCCUAAACCAAAGCCUGCUCCUCCCCCUCAAAGGAGGGCGCCACUGCCGCCAAAAGGCUCUUCCUGUCUUCCACAAGAAAAUUCAAGUUCUUAUGCAAAUUCUUAUCCCAUGAAAAAUGAUUCUACAAAAGAAAAUGUUGAUACUGACAGUGUCAAGACCAAGCUGAAGCCAUUCUUCUGGGAUAAGGUCAUGGCCAACCAUGAUCAAUCCAUGGUCUGGCAUCAGCUUAAAGCUGGAUCAUUCCAGUUUAAUGAGGAGAUGAUAGAAACUUUGUUUGGGUACAAUGCUGCUGAUAAGAGCAGGAAUGAUUCUAAAAGGGAUUUUGGAAAUGAUUCUUCUGGUCAACGCAUACAGAUUCUUGAGCAGAAGAAAUCGCAGAAUUUGGCCAUCUCUUUAAAGGCACAUAAUGUGAAAAUAGAAGAAGUUUGUGAUGAAUUAAUGGAAGGAAACGAGCUUCCAAUAGAGCUACUACAAACAUUGUUGAGAAUGGCACCAACCUCGGAUGAGGAGCUGAAGCUUAGGCUAUUUAACGAUGACUUGGUUUUCCUUGGACCUGCAGAACAACUCCUGAAAGCUAUGGUGAAUAUUCCUUUUGCUUUCAAAAGGAUUGAUGCAUUGCUUUUCAUGACUUCAUUCGAAGAGGAAUCCUCAAAUAUGAAGGAAUCACUUGCUACUGUGGAAGAAGCCUGCAAUGAUCUCCAAAACAGUCGUUUAUUUUUAAAAUUGUUGGAAGCUAUUCUCAAAACUGGGAACCGCAUGAAUGAUGGUACAUACCGUGGAUGAGCAGAGGCAUUCAAGCUUGACACACUAUUGAAACUUUCAGACAUUAAAGGCGCCGAUGGAAAGACCACACUACUACAUUUUGUUGUUCAAGAGAUCAUCCGCUCCGAAGGCAGGCGUGCCGUGCAAAUAGCAAGAGAUAGUAGGAGUAACUCCAGCAUUACAAUUUCUAGCUUUAACUCUGUCGACUUCAGCGACGAAAUUCCUGAAGAAUCUGAAGAUCAGUAUCGAAAUCUUGGUCUCAGGGCUGUUUUAAGCCUGAGCUAUGAACUUGAGAAUGUCAAGAAAGCUGCAGCACUGGACGCCGAUGCUUUAACGAGCUCAGUUGUAAGUCUUGGCAAUAGAUUAGCGAAGACAAAAGAGUUCUUAAACGCUGAUAUGAGUAACUUGGAGGAGAAAAGUGCUUUUCAUGAUUCUUUGAAAGCAUUUGUUGAGCAUGCUGAGGCUGAUAUCACUCAACUUUUGGAGGAAGAAAAGAGAAUAAGAUCAUUAGUAAAGCUUACCACUGACUAUUUCCAUGGGAAUGCUGGAAGAGACGAGGGGUUGAGAUUGUUUGUCACAGUGAGGGAUUUCCUUGAGGUUUUGGAUAAGGUCUGCAAAGAAGUCAGAGAAACACAAAGGAAAGUGAUGAGUACAUCAAGAAGCAAGGAUAAUACAAUACUGAAAUCAAUGUCGGAAGCCCGGCAGUCGAUAUUUCCUGCAAUCAAAGACCGACGUUUGGAGGAUUUCAGCUCUAAUGAUGAUGAGGAAGCUUAAUUAAUUGUUAAUGUCAAAUAGGCAGGUUAUUUAUUUCACAAAGUGUUCUCACCUUUACUGUUGUAAAUUGUGAUAAUUUGAAAUCACCUAACUAGAUGAUUCAUCGUUGUCAUUUUUUUUUAUUAUUCUUAAUCUGAAGAUAUGCGGUUGCAUUGUA